UUGUAUUUUACUUGACAUCGUGGAGCAAUUGAGAUUACCACAUACGCUUUUAUUAUUAUCAUAUUUAUUAUUAUGUUAGUUUUAGGGGGAAAUGAAUGUUUACAGGAGCGAGUGCAGUCAGUAAAGAAUAACGUAUGUGUGUCAUUCAUAUAUUUUGACAUUUAACAUAUGAAGACAUGCUGUAGGUCGGGAUGAUUUUGCAUAGGCUACAGAUGUUACCAGCUGGGCAGAAAGAAACCGUUAAUCCGGCGUAACAGUCGGGCGGCUGGCAUAGUGUUACACAUUUUAUUAGACUGUUUCAGUGCGUCGGGUCUGUCUGUUCAUUGGUUCAUCAACAUGAGCAGCUAUGCUGAAGAUAAAUCGACUAUUCGCCAGCAGAGCUCAGAUAAUAACUCGGUCAGCAGUAGUGAAUGGGAUAUGGCAAACGAUGUGUUUGUGUCUGGCUAUGACGACAAUCCGAUGGGAGACAGUGAGGAUGCAGUGGACAGGGAGCCCUCGCAGCCCGGCUUGGACAGGCACCUGCCGCUGCUAAGGAGGGACAGGUUGUCCCAGGACGGCAUGGUGCUGGAGUACCCCAGCUCGUCCUAUCUGGACCCAAACUACGGCAAUGGCGAGGAGAACGUCACAACCAAGAAGCGCAUACGGUCCAACAGCUCCAGGCACCGCGGCGAGGUGGUCACUGAACUCGGUCCGGAGGAAGUCCGCUGGUUUUACAAGGAGGAUAAGCGGACCUGGAAGCCAUUCGUUGGACACGACUCCCUGAAAAUUGAAGUCGUCUAUCGGAGAUUCUGUGAACAGAACCCAGACAAGGUCAGGCCCCCCGCCGAGCCCGCCGAGGCCAACGGGAAUGAUGCAGUCACGUCCGACGACAUCCCGCCAGAGAGCUGGGCCGUGGAGGGUGGAGGCAUCCAGGAGGAGCCGCCGGUCCGAGGGGGCGAGGGGACACGGCGCUCGUCGUCAGAGGAAGCGAAAGACACGGACGACGUGGGCAUCAGCGUGGAGGCUGUGUGUGUCAGAGGAGGGCUCUAUGAAGUGAAUAUCAAGGAGAAGGAAUGCUACCCCGUUUACUGGAACCAACAAGAUCGUAUUCCUGUGAUGAGGGGUCAGUGGUUUAUUGAUGGAACGUGGCUUCCCCUUGAGGAGGAUGAGAGUGACCUCAUUGAGCUGGAGCACCUUGCCUGCUUCCGGGGUCAACAGAUGAAGGACACCUAUGAGAUGGAGUCCGUGACCACAACCGUGGACAGCAAAGAUGCCGUCCACAGCCUGAAACUGAGCAAGAGUCACGUGGACUGGCACAGUGUGGACGAGGUGUACCUGUACAGUGACGCAACCACCUCCAAGAUUGCCCGCACCGUCACUCAGAAACUGGGCUUCUCGAAAGCCUCCAGCAGUGGGACACGUCUUCAUCGGGGGUAUGUGGAGGAGGCAGCACCUGAGGACACCCCACCGGAAACGACACACAUUGUUUUUGUGGUGCAUGGCAUUGGCCAGAAGAUGGACCAGGGUCGCAUCAUCAGGAACACCAGCAUGAUGAGAGACGCUGCAAGAAAGAUGGAGGAGAAGCACUUCUCUGACCGCACCACAGAGCAUGUAGAGUUCCUUCCUGUGGAGUGGAGGUCGAAACUCUGUCUGGAUGGAGACACGGUGGAUUCCAUUACUCCAGAUAAGGUCCGAGGGCUCAGGGACAUGCUGAACAGCAGUGCCAUGGACAUUAUGUACUAUACGAGUCCUCUGUACAGAGAUGAGAUCACGAGGGGUUUGACUCUGGAGCUGAAUCGUCUGUACUCACUGUUCUGCUCGCGAAAUCCAGACUUUGAGAAAAACGGGAAGGUGUCCAUAGUUUCGCACUCUCUGGGCUGUGUCAUCACCUUUGACAUCAUGACAGGCUGGGACCCAGUGCGUUUUCAUUAUCAGGAGGCGCUGGACCCAGAGGACACAAAUGUCUGCUGGCCUGGAGACGAGGAGCGUCGCCUUCAGGAGGAGCUGCGACUUACACGCCUCAGGUUGAGGGACCUGGAGGACCAGUUCCAGGGUUUGCAGACCUCAUCCUGUGUUGCAAUGCCAGCCUUGAAAUUUAAGGUUGACAACUUCUUCUGCAUGGGUUCCCCUCUGGCUGUGUUUUUGGCAUUACGAGGGACCCGGCCCGGAAACAAUGGUGCACAAGACCAUAUCCUCCCAACAUCUAUCUGCAAACGCCUUUUCAACAUAUUCCACCCUACAGACCCUGUGGCAUACAGAUUGGAGCCUCUAAUCUUAAAGCAUUACAGUAACAUUGCACCUGUUCAGAUCCACUGGUAUAACACCACUAGCCCAACACCGUACAAUCAGAUCCGGCCCACACUGCUCAACCCCCAGAAGGAACCCACAUCUAUCUCAGACUCAGAGAGCAUCCCUAGCCCGUGCACCUCCCCUCCACAGGCCCGACGGCACUAUGGCGAGUCCAUCACCAGCUUGGGCAAGGCCAGUAUAAUGGGUGCUGCGAGCCUUGGAAAGGGAAUUGGAGGAAUCCUCUUUUCUCGCUUUUCACGCUCCAGUGGCCAGGUGGGCGGAGUAGAGGAAGAUCCUGAGGGUGGAGCCUCUGAAGUGGAAAACAUGGCACCAGGAGAUGAAGGGGUGACGGAGAUAGAGGGUGAAGAGAAGGAAAAACAGAUUGAGGAGGAGAGGAGGGAAAUUGAGCAUACCAUGUCCCAGUCCACCUCAGCUCUCAUGGACAACACCUCUUUGGAACUGGAGAGACGCAUUGACUUUGAGCUUCGGGAGGGUUUGGUGGAGAGCCGCUACUGGUCAGCGGUGACCUCACACACAGCGUACUGGUGUUCAUAUGAUGUGGCUUUAUUUCUCCUCACCUUCAUGUACAGACCACUGGAGCCCAUUGAACCUGCAGAGGACAACCAAGACAUCUCGUAACACAAGUGCAACGUGACCAUGGAGUCGUCUCACCUGAAGUCACUUCACUUUCAACUCAAACGUUUUGGAAUAUAAAUUGAAAGGCCAAGGAGAAUUGAAUGAAAUUACCUCAUUCAUCAUUCCUUAAUUUUUUUUUUUUUUUUUUUUUUGCGUCACAUCUGUGACACAUGUGACACCUGUGCACAUUCUGUCUAUAUUUGUGAUUGCUCGGUCCCACGUUGGAGAUUAAUAUUAGAUUUUUUUUUAUAACAUUCCAGAUUAAUUUAUUUUGAAUGACACUCAAGAAUAUUAUAAUCCAUAUUAUAAUAAUUAAUACUACUUGAAUUAUUUGUCAUUAUUUGUUGUGUUUAUUGGAAAGUCUGAAAAGCAAGACUCUCUCCUUUUUUUACGUUUUUACAACUGCUAGCGUUUCCCUUUUUCAGCAUGUGUAUAUUUGAAUCCCUCCCUUUGGUUAUUUACACUGACAAAUGCCCUGCCGCGCCUCAGCACAUUAGCAGACAAAGCAGCUUCAGUGUGUAGACUGCAUUUUUAGAGGAUGCUGUUGUGCGCAAGGUUAGACAAGAGGAGAACCUGAUGUCGCCCUGCUACAUCAUCUAGGAUUAGCACUGUCAGUUUAAAGGUAAUUGCAGUAUUGCUAAUGUCACGGUGUUAUUUAUUUGUCCGCCAUGGACAGAAGAUAGAUGACGGCCAAAAGAAAUAUGUCCUUUAUUUGUAAAAACAACUUUAUGGAGUCUUAACAACAGGGUAUGUAACCUCCCCCCCAUAGCCCCAGUUCCACUCCCUUAAACCCAGGCUCUUUUUCAGCAUGAAAAUAGGUCAAAUAAGCUGACAGGACUUUUUUUUUUUUGAUCAUAGCGGUACAGAAUGUACCCCGACUUCGGCACUGACACUCCAGUCACUGUAACAUGCAUAAAAUGCAUUGGCAUGGAGAAGUAGCAAUGGGACGUAAAAGUAUCAUAUGUAUCAUUAUGUAGAGUAACCAACACAGACACCCAAAACAGCCACGCUCCGUGAAAUGGCCUGUGAUUGGUGGAAAAAUACUGUCACUGGGUGAUUAUUAUAAAGGAGGAGGCACAGAAGUCAGUUGUUCUCACAUAACAUUUUAAUUACAAUAUGCUAACAAGCUAUUAUCGAAUUUGCACAAAAUAACAGCAAAAAUAAAUAACAUACCCUGCCUUUAACUCUCCUCUCAUAUCAAGUACUGUGUUUUAUCAUUAGGCCAUGUCGACUGAACUGUUGUUUCUCUCAGGAAUCCAAUACAUAAUUGGUGGCCAAAUGUUUGUGAGUUGCCAACAAACUAGUUGUUCUUAUUGUGGUUACCCAUGAGCAAGAUUCUGACUGGAAUUUGUAUUCAAUAUUCUAUCUAUUACAGGACUAAAAUAUGCAAGUGUAUGUACCAUAUACAGAUUAACCCAGUCUAACCAGAGGGUUAGUUGUUCCAUCCCAGAUGGACCACAUGUCCAAUCGUGCCAUGACUGUUAAGAAACGGUUAGAUGUGUCAUUGAGACGUCAGAAAAGCUUCUAUAGAUACAAGGGCAUUUACCAAGAGCAGAGACUGACAGUGUCCUCCUCUUGUCAAACUUCUUUGCUUUCCUAAGUGGUCUGUAAUCUCCUUAAAUACACUGUUCCUGGUUCCCACGUCUAGAAUGGUUUUCAAGGGUGAUAGAACAUUUGCAGUCAGGGCUUCUAUACUUUGGAAUGACCUGCCUGACUAGACUAAAAUAUCAUAUUGCAUGUGAUUUUUGUCCUUUGUUCUGAAACAACUUGCCAAAUGAUCUCCCAUCUCUUACAUCAAAGUGAGCGUGUCUGGAUAAACAGCUAAGUAAAAUAACACGUAGUUUAUCACAUUCUUUAUUCAUCCAUUGAGUACUGUUUAUUUUUACUUUUUAAGGAAUUGAAGCCACACUGUGGCUCCAGUUUGAAGCACGCUUAUGAACCUUACUCCUGUAGGCCUAGAUUAAAUGUAUGCCUACAAAGAAAUAAUGAUAAUAAUAAGAUGGAAACAGCUGGUGUGCCAGUUCUAAAGAGGAAUAUAGCUUAUAGCUCUGCUCAGUGAUCUAAAAUUUUGCCCUCUAGAUUAGCUGUGCCUCCAACUACAGCUUGUGACAAUUGAUCUUCUUCCUGUCUGCCAAAUCAUCUUUCACACUUCUGUCUACUGUUUCAUGCUACAUAUGACUGUACAUCAUACAGACUGUAGGUAGCUGUCAGGUCAUCAGCCAGCUGUGGUUGGUAGUUGCUGACAGCUCCUCCUCCUGUGUUCUGACGUCACCCUGAUGCCAAGAAUUUGUCAACAAUACUUACACCCUUGUCUAUAUUUUAACAUUAGUUGUGUGGUUUAUAUCGUAAACACCAUAGAAACAAAGUAGUUUCCCCUUCUUGUGGAGCACCUUAUCGUUACCUGUGCCAUAUCAAACUCGAAUAUAUGUUCUAGAGAAUUCUAGUUAGUAGGUCAGAGUGGGUAACCUAAAAAUUCUAAUUGCUCAUGCAUUUUUAUGGAUAUUUAAUAAAACUGCAAUAGAUGAGCAACCUUGACCUGAGGGUCGACCAUGUCCCGGGCCUUUCCCAGUGGGGAUAGUUCCGCCCCCACCAGUACCCUUAUAGAUCAGCAACACAGAGAAAUGUAGAAUGCUUUUGACAACCACAUAAUUUGUGAAAGCAAUUGGACAUAACAGUAUACUGUUUACAUUUUAUAAAAUGCCCUUUUUAAGUCUUUCCUUUUGUUAAUUUUCAAAUUAUUUGAAUGUUACUUUGCAGACGAUUAGUAAAAUCCUUUGGAGACUACUUUGUGUCAUCUUUUUGAAUUGAGUGAAAGAAAAUGAAUUACAUGAGAAGUGUCAUUCUUCCGUCAGGCUCAGCCCCUUUAACUCACAGUCACUGCAUUUCUUACAUGAUGCCGUUCUUUAGCUUAUAGAUCUUUAAUUUUUUUGAUUAAACUGAAGAGGUCCAACCUUGA